AUGCCUCGCAAGGCCAAACCCACACCUCAACCGACCGAAGACUUGCGAGCUGAAAACGGUGACGAACACCACGAAGGAGAUCUUGCAGUGGCUGACCCCCCAACAAUUAAUCCUUACGCUGUCCUCCAAGUUUCGCAAAGCGCCACCGCCGAUGAAGUCAAAUCCGCCUAUCGCAAGCUCGCCCUCAAACAUCACCCCGACAAAGUACGGCCCGAGGACCGCGAGACCGCGCACAAGACGUUUCAAGAAAUUGCGUUCGCCUACGCUAUCCUUAGCGACGAAAGGCGUCGCAAACGCUACGAUGCCACGGGCAACACAGCCGAGAGCGCCAACGUUGACGAUGAUGGUUUCAACUGGGUAGAUUUCUUCCGCGAGCAAAGCGAGAGUGUCGUGCGCGGAGAGAUGAUCGAGCAAGUGAAGCGGGAGUAUCAAGGCAGUGAGGAGGAGAAAGAGGACGUGUUGGCUGCGUACGAGCAAGCUGAAGGUGAUAUGGAUGCGGUGUUUGAGUCCGUCAUGUGCAGUGACGUCUUGGUCGAUGAGGAGCGAUUCAGGAAGAUGAUCGACGAAGCAAUUGCCAACGGCGAGGUGCAGGCGUUUGACCGAUACACGAAAGAAUCGAAGAAGAGCCGGGAAAAGAGGAAAGCGAAUGCGAAGCGAGAAGAGCACGAGGCCAGAGAAUACGCACGUGAACUGGGACUCGAGGACAAAUUGUUCGACAACAAGAACACCAAGACGACAAAGUCCCAAAACCGCGUUGAAGAAGACGACAAUGAUGCGCUCAAAGCCCUCAUUCAACAGCGUCAACAGAGCAGGGCACAGAAUUUCUUCGAUGACUUGGAGGCAAAGUAUGGCGGAAGCCACACGAAGAAGGGUAAACGUAAGGUCAUGAAUGAGCCGCCAGAAGAGGCAUUCCAGAAGAACACGAAAAAGGGAAAGAAAAGCGCAAAAGCCUGA